AUGGCCCCGAGUCGGACAGAAGCCGGCUCCGCGCGCCUCUGGCGGGCGCUGGCGAUGGUGCUCUCCCUGGUAAGCGCCCUGAGCUGGCCCCCAGCCUCAGCCUGCCCCACCAAGUGUACCUGUUCGGCCGCUAGCGUGGACUGCCACGGGCUGGGCCUCCGGGCGGUGCCCAGAGGGAUCCCUCGCAACGCUGAACGCCUUGACCUGGACAGAAAUAAUAUCACCAGAAUCACCAAGACGGACUUUGCAGGGCUUAAAAAUCUCCGAGUCUUGCAUCUUGAAGAAAACCAGGUCAGUGUGAUAGAGCGAGGGGCCUUCCAAGAUCUGAAGCAAUUGGAACGCUUGCGUUUGAACAAGAAUAAACUACAAGUGCUUCCAGAAUUGCUUUUCCAGAACACCCUGAAGUUAACCAGAUUAGAUCUGAGCGAGAACCAGAUUCAGGGAAUCCCAAGGAAGGCUUUCCGAGGCAUCACCGAUGUGAAGAACCUGCAACUGGACAACAACCAGAUCAGCUGCAUCGAAGAUGGAGCCUUCAGAGCCCUGCGUGAUUUGGAGAUCCUACGACUGGAACAGAACUCCAUCAGAGCCAUCCCUGCUGGAGCCUUCACCCAAUACAAGAAGCUAAAAAGGAUAGACAUCAGCAAGAAUCAGAUCUCAGACAUUGCACCAGAUGCGUUCCAGGGCUUAAAAUCCCUCACCUCGCUAGUUCUCUAUGGAAACAAGAUCACCGAGAUUGCCAAGGGCUUAUUUGAUGGACUGGUGUCCCUGCAGUUGCUGCUUCUCAAUGCCAACAAGAUCAACUGUCUACGGGUAAACACAUUCCAAGAUCUGCAUAACCUCCACCUGCUCUCCCUGUAUGACAAUAAACUGCAAACCAUCAGCAAAGGUCUCUUUGCUCCUCUGCAGUCCAUCCAGACACUACAUUUAGCCCAAAACCCAUUUGUGUGCGACUGCCACUUGAAGUGGCUGGCUGACUACCUCCAGGAUAACCCAAUCGAGACGAGCGGGGCCCGCUGCAGCAGCCCAAGGCGCCUCGCCAACAAGCGCAUCAGCCAAAUCAAGAGCAAGAAGUUCCGCUGCUCAGGUUCUGAGGACUAUCGGAACAAAUUCAGUGGGGAUUGCUUCAUGGACCUUGUGUGUCCUGAGAAGUGUCGCUGUGAAGGCACCAUCGUGGACUGCUCCAACCAGAAACUGGUCCGGAUCCCCAGCCACAUCCCAGAAUAUGUGACUGACCUACGCCUAAAUGACAAUGAAAUCCCUGUCCUAGAAGCCACUGGGAUCUUCAAGAAGUUGCCCAACCUGAGGAAAAUAAACCUGAGUAACAACAAGAUCAAGGAGGUGCGGGAAGGUGUUUUUGAUGGGGCAGCCAACGUUCAGGAGCUGAUGCUGACGGGGAACCAGCUGGAGUUGGUGCAUGGACGAAUGUUCCGUGGGCUCACCAGCCUCAAGACAAUGAUGCUGAGGAGCAACCUCAUCAGCUGUGUGAACAACGACACCUUUGCUGGAUUGAGCUCAGUGAGGCUACUGUCCCUCUAUGACAACAGGAUCACCACCAUCACCCCAGGAGCCUUCACCACACUCGUCUCCCUGUCAACCAUAAACCUGCUUUCCAACCCUUUCAACUGCAACUGCCAUCUGGCAUGGCUAGGGAAGUGGCUGAGGAAGAGGAGAAUUGUCAGCGGGAAUCCUCGGUGCCAGAAACCAUUCUUCCUCAAGGAGAUCCCCAUCCAGGACGUGGCCAUCCAAGACUUCACCUGUGAUGGUAAUGAUGAAAGCAGCUGCCAACUGGCCCCCCGCUGUCCUGAGCAGUGUACCUGUGUGGAAACUGUGGUGCGGUGCAGCAACAAAGGACUCCGGGUCCUGCCCAAAGGCAUCCCCAAGGAUGUGACCGAGCUGUACCUGGAAGGAAACCAUUUAACAACUGUACCCAAAGAGCUAUCCGGCCUCAGACACCUGACACUGAUUGACUUGAGCAAUAACAGCAUCAGCGUCCUGGCCAAUUACACCUUCAGCAAUAUGACUCAGCUCUCCACACUCAUCUUGAGCUACAACCAGCUGCGGUGCAUUCCAAUCCAUGCCUUUAAUGGCCUACGGUCUCUUCGGGUGUUAACUCUUCACGGCAAUGACAUUUCCAGUGUUCCUGAGGGCUCAUUUAAUGACCUGACCUCUCUUUCCCAUCUGGCCCUGGGAACCAACCCCCUGCACUGUGACUGCAGCCUACGCUGGCUUUCAGAGUGGGUGAAGGAAGGCUACAAGGAGCCAGGCAUUGCCCGCUGCAGCAGCCCUGAGCACAUGGCAGACAGACUCUUGCUGACAACACCCACCCACCGCUUCCAGUGUAAAGACCCAGUGGACAUCAGCAUUGCAGCCAAGUGUAACCCCUGCCUCUCUGGUCCGUGCAAGAACAAUGGGACAUGUAGCCCGGAUCCAAUGGAGCUGUAUCGCUGUUCCUGCCCUUAUGGCUACAAGGGCCGGGAUUGCAACAUGCCCAUCAACACAUGCAUCCAGAAUCCCUGUCAGCAUGGAGGGACCUGCCACCUCAGCGAAACCAACAGGAAUGGAUUCAGCUGUUCCUGCCCUCUGGGCUUCGAGGGGGAACGAUGCGAGAUCAAUCCAGAUGACUGUGAGGACAAUGACUGUGAGAAUAACGCUACCUGUGUGGACGGGAUCAACAAUUAUGUGUGUGUGUGCCCACCCAACUACACAGGAGAGUUGUGUGACGAAGUGAUUGACCACUGCAUCCCUGGGAUAAACCUGUGCCAGCACGAGGCCAAGUGUAUCUCCCUGGACAAAGGAUUCAGGUGCGAGUGUCCUCCUGGCUAUAGCGGGAAGCUCUGUGAGACUGAUGAUGACGACUGUGUGGCCCACAAAUGUCGUCACGGGGCCCGUUGUGUAGACACGGUCAAUGGCUACACCUGCAUCUGUCCACAGGGCUUCAGUGGUCUAUUCUGUGAGCACCCACCACCCAUGGUGCUGCUGCAGACCAGUCCCUGUGACCAGUAUGAGUGCCAGAACGGGGCCCAGUGCAUUGUGGUGCAGCAAGAACCCACCUGUCGCUGCCUCGCUGGCUUUGCUGGGCAAAGGUGUGAGAAGCUCAUCACGGUCAACUUUGUGGGCAAGGACUCCUACGUGGAGCUGGCCUCUGCCAAGAUCCGACCCCAGGCCAACAUCUCCCUGCAGGUGGCCACCGACAAGGACAAUGGCAUCCUACUCUACAAAGGAGACAAUGACCCCUUGGCACUGGAGCUCUACCAGGGGCAUGUGAGGCUGGUCUAUGACAGCCUGAGCUCUCCCCCCACAACAGUGUACAGCGUGGAGACUGUGAAUGAUGGGCAGUUUCACAGUGUGGAGCUUGUGAUGUUAAACCAGACCUUAAACCUGGUGGUGGACAAAGGAGCCCCCAAGAGUUUGGGCAAACUCCAGAAACAGCCAACAGUUGGCACCAACACUCCCCUCUACAUUGGAGGAAUACCCACCAGCACAGGCCUCUCGGCCUUGCGCCAGGGCACAGACCGAACCCUGGGUGGCUUCCAUGGCUGUAUCCAUGACGUCCGCAUCAAUAACGAGCUCCAGGAUUUCAAGGCCCUGCCCCAACAGUCCCCAGGCGUCUUCCCUGGCUGCAAGUCAUGUACCAUCUGUAAACAUGGCAUGUGCCGUUCUGUGGAGAAGGGCAGUGUGGUCUGCGAGUGCCACCCAGGCUGGACGGGGCCAUUGUGUGACCAAGAAGCUGGAGAUUCCUGUCUCGGCCACAGGUGUGUCCAUGGAAAGUGUGUGGCUUCAGGCUCUUCAUACACAUGCAAGUGUGCUGAUGGCUACAUGGGAGCCUCUUGUGACCGGAGGAAUGACUCAGUCAGCCCCUGCUGGGACUUCAAGUGCUACCAUGGGCAGUGCCACAUCUCUGAGAGGGGGCAGCCCUACUGCGUGUGUGAGCCCAGCUUCAGCGGGGAGCACUGUGACCGAGAGAGCCCGUGCCAGGGGGAGGUGGUUCGAGAGGUGAUCCGCCGGCAGCAGGGCUACGCAUCAUGUGCUACAGCCUCUAAAGUGCCCCUGAUGGAAUGUCGUGGGAGCUGCGGCUCCCAAUGCUGCGUUCCCAUACGCAGUAAGCGGCGGAAAUAUGUCUUCCAGUGCACAGAUGGUUCCUCGUUUGUGGAGGAGCUGGAGAGACAUGUGGAAUGUGGGUGUCACAAAUGUUCCUAAUGCCAUCUUCCCCAAGUCUCCACCACUUUGAGGAGGCAGGCACUGCCAGACAUCGGCUCAAUAGAGAUGUCAAACAUGGGACCUUGUUACUUGGAAUGAAGAGGAAGAAGAAGAAAAAGAAGAGAAAUAUUAAGUAUAUUGUAAAAUAAACAAAAAAUAGAACUUAUUUUUAUUAUGGAAAGUGACUAUUUUCAUCUUUUAUUCUAUAAAGUAUCACACCAUUUGGGUAUAUGUAUCAUAUAGUGAGUUAUUUUUACUGAGGUUUUUGU